CUCCGGCUGACUUUGACACGAUCCCCGGAGUUUGACAUUUCGGUGACAUUUUGCACUUCUUUUCAGUCCGAGUGCUCGCAUCUUGCUUUGAUUGACUAGCAAUAAGUUUGGCUAAAUUUUCAUUUUGAUUUUAAUUCAUUACAAUUAACGCAAAAUGGAUGCUGAAGAAGUCCUCAAAGAAUGGGAAGAUCUGGCAGUUGACUACAAACGACUCGAGACUGUUAAUAAAGAAUAUGUCACAAAGCUGGAAGAAGUUGGAGACCUGCAAGCAACAUGCAUGAAAGAAAUUAACCACCAGAAGUAUCGUUUAUCUAUUAUCACAAAUGCACUUAAAAGGUUCGAAAAGAAAGGAAUAACCAAAGAUGAACGAAUCGCCAAAUUGGAAAAGGAGAUAAUGAAGAGGAAAGCGAUGCUGCACGAGAUCAAUGCCACCCUGCCCAAACAGAACAGCUUGUAUUUGCGGAUCAUACUAGGCAACGUCAAUGUGUCCAUUUUAAACAAAAAUGACAAAUUUAAAUACAAAGACGAAUACGAGAAGUUCAAAUUGAUACUCAGCGCAAUAGCAUUUGUGUUGGCCGUGGCAAACCUUUACAUAGACUUCAGACCGUUACAACUGAUCCUGAUAUUUCUUCUGGUGUGGUACUACUGCACUCUAACGAUUCGCGAGAGUAUCUUGAAGGUGAACGGGUCCCGGAUCAAGGGCUGGUGGCGGCUGCACCACUUCAUAUCUACGGUCGUCUCGGGAAUAUUACUCAUCUGGCCACAGAACCAGCCGUGGGAGCUGUUCAAACAUACGUUCAUGUGGUUCAUCGCUUAUAUCAGUGUCGUGCAAUACAUGCAGUUUAGAUACCAAAGCGGAGUGCUAUAUCGGCUCAAAGCCUUGGGGGCACGGCAUAACAUGGACAUCACAAUAGAGGGAUUUCAUUCUUGGAUGUGGCGAGGACUUUCAUACUUACUACCAUUUCUCUUCGGUGGAUAUGUGUUCCAACUAUACGUGGCAUAUACACUGUACAAUCUUAGCUAUCACCCGGAGGCUACUUGGCAGGUGCCUUACCUGGCAGCUUUGUUUCUUACGUUGCACAGUUUCAACAUGUACACAAUACUGCAGACUCUGCGUAAGAAAACGCAAGGCGGCUUGAAGCUACGGUAUAGAUUGCGCGCGAUCGCUUACCGCCUCUCCAAUGAGAUCACAGUAUUGGACCGAAAGUGGAGAUUGAAUAAAGCGGAGACAAAAACUGAUUGAAACCAAUAAAAUUGGUUGUCAUUGGCCUACACCCGCAUGUGAUUACUUAUAACUAUUUUAACUGAAUGAAAUAAUAAAUCAAUUAAAUACUGUUUAUAUUUUCGUAUUUAACAUGGUAUGUUUAACGGUGUUACACUGUCUCUUAUGUAAAUAUAAUUUUGAAUAAAAUCCAUGAUCCUAG